CCAACCUCCCCUCUUCUUCUUCGCCAACAACGACCUACGACCUCCUCCUCACCAGAAAAAAAAGAAGAAAGCAGGCAAGGUGGAGUAGGAACCAUGUCCAACGUGCCCACCUCCCUCCGCGACUCCUCCCUCACCGUCUUCCGCCUCGCCAUCUCCAGCUCCGACCCCUGGCCCUUCUCUUCCUAACCCCAAACCCCUCCUCCCGCCUCUCGAGCUCUGCCGUCCGAUCUCCCUCCCCCGUCUCCUCCUUCCUCGCAACAGCCAGAAGACUCGUCCGGUCCUCGCCUCCGAUGCACCUCAGGCAGCAGCAGCAGCAGCACCACAGGGCGGAGAUGGUGGCGCCCAAGGGGUGCGUGACGGUGCGCGUGGGGGCGGAGGGGGAGGAGCAGCGCCGCUUCGCCGUGCCGCUCGACCACCUCAAGCACCCGCUCUUCGGGGCCCUGCUCGAUGAGGCCGAACGCGAGUACGGCUUCAGGCACCAGGGCGCCAUCGCCAUCCCCUGCCGCGUCGACCGCUUCGUCCACGUCGAGCGCCUCAUCGACCGCGACCUCGGCGCGCACGGCCACCAGCUCGUCGACCUCGACUGCGGCGCCGCCACCGCCCACGGCCACGGCCACCUCCACCUGCCGCGCUUCGUCGGCUGCUUCCGCGCCUGACGAUGAUGGCGACGCGUCGUCGACCGCUGGAUCUCUUGCUGUUUCUUUGUUAGGGUUGGUUGAGUAGUUCUCUUCCGUAUGCUGCUGGCUAGUUUGUUUCGCCCUCCGGUCUCGAUCUCCCGUACGUAUGGGUUUGUUAUGCAUGGUUGUUCUCCAUUGGUUUGUUUUGUGCUGGGAGAAUCGAUCGGAGGACGAAUUCCAUGUUGAUGAUGAUGAUGAAAAGUUAUGAUCCAAGUGUAAAGAGAAUAUAAUUGUUAGUAGCUUAUUAA